AUGAAGAUUAUGGAAAAUUUGGCAGCUGUCAUGAAAACCUACCACAUGUACCACGCGGAGAGCAUCAGUGCAGAAAGCAAGCUGAAGGAGGCCGAGAAGCAGGAGGAGAAGCAGUUCAACAAGUCGGGAGACCUCAGCAUGAACCUGCUUCGGCACGAGGACCGGCCGCAGCGCCGCAGCUCGGUGAAGAAGAUCGAGAAGAUGAAGGAGAAGAGGCAGGCAAAGUAUUCUGAGAACAAGCUGAAAUGCACGAAGGCCCGGAACGACUACUUGCUGAAUCUGGCAGCCACCAACGCAGCUAUAAGCAAAUACUACAUCCAUGAUGUCUCUGAUCUCAUCGAUUGCUGUGAUUUGGGCUUUCACGCCAGCCUGGCCCGCACCUUCCGGACCUACCUCUCAGCCGAAUACAACCUGGAGACCUCCCGCCACGAGGGGCUGGACGUCAUCGAGAACGCGGUGGACAACCUGGAUUCCCGAAGCGACAAGCACACCGUCAUGGACAUGUGCAACCAGGUCUUCUGUCCUCCGCUCAAGUUUGAGUUCCAGCCCCACAUGGGGGAUGAGGUGUGCCAGGUCAGCGCCCAGCAGCCCGUCCAGACGGAAUUGCUCAUGCGGUACCACCAGCUGCAGUCCAGACUGGCCACGCUCAAGAUAGAGAAUGAGGAGGUCAGGAAGACCCUGGACGCCACCAUGCAGACCUUACAGGACAUGCUGACCGUGGAGGACUUUGACGUCUCCGACGCCUUCCAACACAGUCGAUCCACGGAGUCCGUGAAGUCGGCUGCCUCUGAGACCUACAUGAGCAAGGUCAACAUCGCCAAAAGGAGAGCCAACCAGCAGGAAACAGAAAUGUUUUACUUUACAAAAUUUAAAGAAUACGUGAAUGGCAGUAACCUCAUCACCAAGCUGCAGGCCAAGCACGACCUACUCAAGCAGACCCUGGGCGAAGGGGAGAGAGCAGAAUGCGGCACCACCAGGCCCCCCUGUCUUCCCCCUAAACCACAGAAAAUGAGGAGACCUAGGCCUCUCUCAGUGUAUAGCCAUAAACUCUUUAACGGCAGUAUGGAAGCGUUCAUUAAGGAUUCAGGACAAGCUAUACCGCUUGUAGUCGAGAGCUGCAUCCGAUACAUCAAUUUGUAUGGACUCCAGCAGCAGGGGAUCUUCAGAGUGCCAGGAUCUCAGGUGGAAGUCAAUGACAUCAAAAAUUCCUUUGAGAGAGGUGAAGACCCCCUUGUGGACGAUCAAAAUGAACGUGAUAUCAAUUCAGUCGCUGGUGUUUUAAAACUGUAUUUCCGAGGACUGGAAAACCCACUCUUUCCUAAGGAAAGGUUUCAAGAUUUGAUAUCUACUAUUAAACUGGAGAACCCAGCUGAGAGGGUGCACCAGAUCCAGCAAAUCCUCAUCACCCUUCCCCGCGUGGUCAUCGUGGUCAUGAGAUACCUCUUCGCCUUCCUCAACCACCUCUCUCAGUAUAGCGACGAGAACAUGAUGGAUCCCUACAACCUGGCCAUCUGCUUCGGGCCCACCCUCAUGCACAUCCCUGAUGGGCAGGACCCUGUGUCCUGCCAGGCACACGUCAAUGAAGUCAUCAAAACCAUCAUCAUCCAUCAUGAAGCCAUCUUCCCCAGCCCCCGGGAGCUAGAGGGACCUGUGUAUGAAAAAUGCAUGGCUGGAGGGGAAGAAUAUUGUGACAGCCCACACAGUGAGCCAGGGACCAUUGAUGAAGUUGACCAUGACAAUGGCACCGAGCCUCAUACCAGUGAUGAAGAAGUGGAGCAGAUCGAGGCUAUCGCCAAGUUUGACUACGUGGGACGGUCCCCCCGUGAGCUGUCCUUCAAGAAGGGGGCCUCGCUGCUCCUGUAUCACCGUGCCUCGGAGGACUGGUGGGAGGGCCGGCACAACGGUGUGGACGGACUCAUCCCUCAUCAGUACAUAGUGGUACAGGACAUGGACGAUGCCUUCUCCGACAGCCUGAGCCAGAAGGCUGACAGCGAGGCCAGCAGCGGGCCACUGCUGGAUGACAAGGCGUCCUCCAAAAACGACCUCCAGUCCCCCACGGAGCACAUCUCGGAUUACGGCUUUGGGGGGGUGAUGGGCCGAGUGCGGUUACGAUCCGACGGAGCGGCCAUCCCCAGGCGCCGAAGCGGUGGCGACACACACAGCCCGCCCCGGGGCCUGGGCCCGAGCAUAGACACACCACCCCGGGCCGCCGCCUGCCCCAGCAGCCCCCACAAAAUCCCCCUCACCCGGGGGAGGAUCGAGAGCCCUGAGAAGCGGAGGAUGGCGACGUUCGGGAGCGCUGGCAGCAUCAACUACCCUGACAAGAAGGCGCUCUCUGAAGGGCACUCGAUGAGGUCGACCUGCAGCUCCACCAGGCACAGCAGCCUAGGGGACCACAAGUCCCUGGAGGCUGAGGCCCUGGCAGAAGACAUCGAGAAGACCAUGAGCACGGCCCUGCACGAGCUGCGGGAGCUCGAGAGGCAGAACACGGUCAAGCAGGCGCCAGAUGUGGUGCUGGACACCCUGGAGCCCCUGAAGAACCCGCCAGGCCCCAUCAGCUCGGAGCCCGCCAGCCCCCUGCACACCAUCGUCAUCCGCGACCCCGACGCCGCCAUGCGCCGCAGCAGCAGCUCGUCCACCGAGAUGAUGACCACCUUCAAGCCGGCGCUGUCGGCCCGCCUGGCCGGCGCCCAGCUGCGCCCGCCGCCCGUGCGGCCCGUGCGGCCCGUGGUCCAGCACCGCUCCAGCAGCAGCAGCAGCUCGGGCGUGGGCAGCCCGGCCGUGACGCCCACCGAGAAGAUGUUCCCCAACAGCUCCGCGGACAAGUCGGGCACCAUGUGA